GCAGGAUACCUAGGGAGAGAGAUUGGCCCAGGUGAGCGGCUCCCCAGGCAGGUGAGGGGCUGGCCCAGGUGAGGGGCUGGCCCGGGCGGCGAGGCGGGGCUGGGCCCUGGGACGCUCCGGCAGGGGGUGCGGCUGAGCGGCGGGGGCGGCGGCCCCGCCAUGCGGAAGUGCUGGGCGGCUGCUGCCGAAGUCAGGAGCCCGGCCCGGCUGACAGCGGCCCGCGGGCAGCGAGGGGAGCAGCCCGGCAGGAGGAUCCAGGAGCCUCCAGGCGCAGGAGACUGAAGUUAGAAAAAACCCCAACCCGAGUUUCAAAUUCCCCUCUCUAACAUCGAAUUCAAAGCCAGACCUCCAUGGGCUUCCAAGAAGUCUUGGGCCGCCUCUUCUCUCUUUCCAUUCUGUGAACCUACCUUAGUCUGCAGGCUAGUGGCCGGCGUGGCCCUGCGGGCCGUGAGUCGCCAUGAACGCGCAUCCCCGUCGCAUCCGCCUGAAGCCCUGGCUCAUCGCCCAAGUGAACAGCAACCAGUACCCAGGCCUGCAGUGGGUGAACCCCGAGCGCAAGCUCUUCUGCAUCCCCUGGCGCCACGCCACCCGGCACGUCCCCACACAGGACGACGAGAACACCGUGUUCAAGGCCUGGGCCAAGGAGACUGGCAAGUACAAUGAAGGUGUAGAUGAGCCGGACCCAGCCAAGUGGAAAGCCAACCUGCGCUGUGCCCUCAACAAGAGCCGUGAGUUCAAGCUGAUCUACGACGGCACCAAGGACACGCCCAUGCAGCCCUACAAGAUCUACGAGGUGUGCGAGGGCCACCAGCCCAACGGAGACUCGCUGGCCGGGGAGGAUCACACCUGCUGCCUGGGCGAGGACGACGAGGAGCUGCAGAAAAUGACAACACUGACGAUAGCAGAUCGCAGCCAGGGCGUGGAGCCGCUCCCCUCCUAUGUGUGGCCGAAGCAGGAAGUCCAGUAUCCCAAUGCCUGCGGGAACGGGUCCUUCCCCCCGCUGGGCACCCAGGAACUCCUCCACCCGGAUGUGUCGGCGCCUCCGCCUCCCACCGCCGGUGCCUUCGCAGCCGGGGAGCUGCCCGCCCAGAACCCCGCCGGGAGCAUGCCGCUGGGGGGGCCGGGCAGCCUGCAGAACCUGCCCCCCGCGGACGUGUCUCUGCAGCCCAUGGAACAGUUCAUCCCCGACCUGCUCAUCAGCCCGCACAUGCUGCCAUUGACCGACCUGGAGAUCAAGUUCCACUACCGCGGCCGGCAGGCCAGCUCCCUGACCAUCAGCAACCCCCACGGGUGCCGGCUGUUCCACAGCAGCCUGGAGCCCACGCACGAGCAGGUGGAGCUCUUCGGGCCCGUCACGCUGGAGCAGGUGCGCUUCCCGAGCACCGAGCACAUCCCCCACGAGAAGCAGCGCUUCUACACCCACCAGCUGCUGGACGUCAUGGACCGGGGCCUCAUCCUGGAGCUGCAGGGCCAGGACAUCUACGCCGUCCGGCUGUGUCAGUGCAAGGUCUUCUGGACGGGGCCCUGCGCCGGCGAGCGGGCCGGCCCCAACCCCAUCGAGCGCGAGAGGAAGAUCAAACUCUUCAGCCUGGAGAGCUUCCUCAACGGGCUCAUCCUGUUCCAGAAGGGGCAGACCAGCACGCCGCCCCCCUUCGAAAUCUUCCUCUGCUUCGGAGAGGAGUGGCCGGACCAGAAGCCGAAGGAGAAGAAACUUAUCACUGUCCAGGUCGUGCCAGUGGCCGCCCGCAUCCUGCUGGAGAUGUUCUCUGGGGAGCUCUCCUGGUCGGCAGACAGCAUCCGCCUGCAGAUCUCCCAUCCGGACCUGAAAGACAAGAUGGUGGAGCAGUUCAAGGAGCUGCAUCAGCUCUGGCAAAACCAGCAGAGCCUGCAGGCCCCCCCGGCCUCGACCCUGGAGCCAGGCCCGGGCCCUUGGGCAAUGCAGGCCAGCAGCAUGCAGCAGUGAGGACGUGGGCACGUCGCAGACACUCACCCGCUUCCCCUCCCUCCUGACGGGCGCCCGUGUGAGCCUAGCCGUGCACGCCAGCCCUGAGGAGGGGGAGACGAGGCAAACUGAUCUCCACUCCGUCAGCGCAGGCUGCCGCCAACCUCCCAGCUACCAGCUGUGGACCCCAAAGGGGCCGGGGGAGGGGGCCCUUCCUGCCUGGGAUGAAUGGAGGCCGGCCCACGCCAUCGCCUGCUGGGAAUACGCUAGGCUGCGGGCCAGGCCCCACCUUGCCAGAGCACUGCAGGGCCAGGCAAUGCCUGCCAUGGAGGAAAGAGACUGGGUUAGACCCACAGCCCUGGGCAUUUAUGGGAACUCUGCCUGGGGGGUGGGCAGCAGGGGCUGGGGCCUGCUGAAAGGACAGGCCCGGCCGUUGGGCCUGAUCCAGCCCGUGGGCACGGCUGAGCCCGAGGCGAUGCUGCAUUCACAGUGUCCGGGAGCUGGCGGCACGGCCCCGGGAGCUGGCCUGGCACAGAGACGCGGCAGGGGACGUGCUCAGCUGUUAAUAAAAGCAACCACUUGCCUGCGUGCGCGUGUGUGUGAGGCUUCUUCUGAGGGGGGCCGGCCCGAUGAGCAUUCAGCAUAGGGAAAAGCACACGCUGAGCCCCCCAGCCCAGAGCUCCUGCGCUCCCCGAAACGCGGCCCCCCCCCGGGGGAGAGGAGCUAGAGCGUAGCAAGCCCAGGCCUAAGGGCCCGCCCGGGGCUUGGCCGCCCGGGACCACAGGCAGCCUUUGACCCGCGGAUUCUCUGCCUGCCUCAGCACCCAGGGCGCGUGUGCAGGCCCGGCCGCUCGCCUGCAGCCGUGUGCGCGUCGGAAACUGACCAAACCGCCCCGGUUCGGGCUCCAGCACGGUGGCUGGGGGCAGGGCCCUGCUGCUCCCCAGCCUAGCCAGGCCACCAGGGAGCCGAAGCCGGGUUAGUUGCAGCCGGGAGCCUGAAGCCUUAAUGACUUGGCAGCUGCCGGGCAGGUUAGCCCCGUCUUUGUAACUGCUGGGCCGUAACCUCCUCAGGAGCGGGGCGCUUCCCCCCGAGUUCGUCACGGCUGCGGCACCGGCUGCCUGACUGAACAAGUGGGGCUGAAAAAGCCCCAGCAGGCAUGGCUGUGUCUACGUUCCCUUCCCCGUGGCUUUGGCCUGGUCAGUUUUACAGAGGCCAAGCAACAGCCCUUCCUUUGAGACAGGCCCCUGCUUGGAUGCUGGGCUCGGCGGGGUUUCCGCCGACCCUGGCUGCGGCCGAGCGCCUGUGGAGACGUUUUAAGCCGUUUGCCUCAGGGUAGAGCAUUGUACAAAGCCCACGUCCCUGCGUACCAAACCCCCAGUGGAGCAGGACACGGGCCGACCAGCCAGCCCGUGCCUGUGUUGGCAGCUAGACAGCAGGGUGCCUGGUACACAAACCUGGGGUCGGACUGUCCCGGCGUCCCCGGGCGAUGCUCUGGGACUGCUCCCGACGAAGCCAGGCAGGACUCUGGGGGAGCCUCCUCUCCGGGAGCAGCCUGUCUGCAGGACACACAGCUCACACAGCUUCCACCUUCCGGGGUCUGACCUCGGAGCAUUCAGCCUCCUCUGCUCUCCAUGCGCCUCCCCCAGCGAGUCCCCCAGGCGGGGUCCUGGGGGGGGCCAGAGGGUCCUGCCCCCCAACUCCGCAGUCAGACGGGACUCUCAGCCAGCCAGUAAAACAGAAGCUUUAUUUGACGACAGGAACGUGGUCUAACACAGAGCUUGUAGGUGCAGAGAACAGGACCCCUCAGCCCGGGUCCAUUUUGGGGGGCAGUGAGCCAGACAACCAUGUCUGCACUUCACUCCUCGUCCCCAGCCAGCCCCCAACUGACUCCCCCUCCAGCCCCUCCUCCUCUGGGCUUUGUCCCUGUCCCGGGCCAGGAGGUCACCGGAUUCCUUUGUUCUACAACCCUUUAGCUCUCACCUUGCAGGGGGGAAGGGCCAGGCCAUCAGGUGCCAGGAGACAGAGUGUCGGCCAUUUAUGUACCCUGGUCCUGUGCUCUGCAACAAUUACCCGCCCUUAUCCCACCACCUAGAGACUUGGUCAAGGCAGGUGUAAGUGCAGAGGGUCUGGUUACCUUUCCUUGGCUGAUGGAGGGCAGGGACAUGGGCAAACGUAACAACGGCCAUACUGGGUCAGACCAAAGGUCCAUCUAUCCCAGUAUCCUGUCUUCCAACAGUGGCCAAUGCCAAGUGCCCCAGAGGGAAUGAACAGAACCAGCAAGUGAUCCAUCCCCUGUCACCCAUUCCCAGCUCCUGGCAAACAGAGGCUAGUGACACCAUCCCUGUCCAUCCUGGCUAAUAGCCAUUGAUGGCCCUAUCCUCCAUGAAUUUAUCUAGUUCUUUUUUGAACCCCAUUAUAGUUUUGGUCUUCACAACAUCCUCUGGCAAGGAGUUCCACAGGUUGACUGUGUUGUGUGAAGAAAUACUUCCUUGUUUGAUUUAAACCUGCUGCCUAUUAACUUCAUUUGGUGACCCCUGGUUCUUGUGUUUGAGGAGUAAAUAACACUCCCUUAUUUACUUUCUCCACACCAGUCAUGAUUUUAUAGACCUCAAUCAUAUCUCCGCUGAGUCGUCUCUUUACCAAGCUGAAAAGUCCCAGUCUUAUUAAUCCCUCCUCAUACAGAAGCUGUUCCAUGCCCCUAGUCAUUUUUGUUGCCCCUUUCUGAACCUUUUCCAAUUCCAAUAUAUCUUUUUAGAGAUAGGGAGACCACAUCUGCAUGCAGGAUUCAAGCUGUGGGCAAACCAUGGAUUUAGAGAGAGGCAAUGUGCUAUUUUCUGUCUUAUCUAUCCCUUUCUUGAUGAGUCAGUUGGCUUUUUUUUUUUUGACUGCCCUUUUUUAAAAAUUGGCCUCACAUUAGCUAUCCUCCAGUCAUCUGGUGCAGAAGCUGAUUUAAAUGAUCGGUUACAGGCGACAGUUACUAGUUCUGCAGUGUCACAUUUGAGUUCCUUCAGAACUCUUGGGUGAUACCAUCUGGUCCUGGUAACUUUACUGUUUAGUUUAUCAAUUUGUUCCAAAACCUCCUCUAUUGACACCUCAGUCUGGGACAGUUCCUCACAUCUGUCACCUAAAAAGAAUGGCUCAGGUUUGGGAAUCUCCCUCACAUCCUCAGCCCUGAAGACCAAUGCAGAGAAUUCAUUUAGUUUCUCUGCAAUGGCCUUAUCAUCCUUGAGUGCUCCUUUAGCAUCUUAAUUGGCCAGUGACACCCCCCCCCCCCCAGUUGGUUUGUAGGCUUCCUGCUUCUGAUAGACUUAAAAAAAUUUUGCUAUUACUUUUGGAGUCUUUGGCUAGCUGUUCUUCAAAUUCUUUUUUGGCCUUCUUAAUUCUAUUUUUACCCUUCACUUGCCAGAGUUUAUGCUCCUAUUUUCCUUACUAGGAUUUAACUUCCACUUUUUAAAGGACGCCUUUUGCCUCUCACUGCUUCUUUUACUUUGUUGUUUAGCCAUGGUGGCUCUUCUGAGGUUCUCUCACUGUUUUUCAAUUUGGGGAAAACAUUUAAAUUGAGCCUCUAUUACGGUGCCUUUCAAAUUUCCACGCAGCUUGCAGGGAUUUCACUUUCGGCGCUGGACCUUUUAAUUUCUGUUUAACCGCAUUUUUGUGUCGUUCCCCUUCCUGAACUUAAAUGCUACAAAGCCUGAGCCUAGCAAAGUCAGUGGCAAAUGGGCACCAGCUGGCGCUGCCAAACACCCUGGGUGGAUGACAGUUGAUGCGCAGUGCACGUGGGCCCUGUGCUGGCCAGCUGAGGGAACUACUCACCAGCACCUCCGAGCACAGACCCUACGAUUCCAAAAGAUGAAAGCCCUAAGCCAGGCACGUUCACUGCCUUUUAGCCCAGGGCAGGGCAGGGCAGGGCACUUCCAGCCAUAUGGCCCUGCAGGGAAGUGUCAAGGAGAAGAGCGAUAGAUUUGCUGCUUGGGUAGUAUUUAAUUGUGGCUCAUUCAGCCACGAUGGCCUAGCAUAUAAACCUUUACCAGGCUCCUUUGAGCAGUUCCAGGCUGCUGUAUUGUUAACUAGAUCUCUGGCUGCAGGAGAGAACCUUGCUCACCAAUACGCAGCACGGGAAGCUCACCUGGUGCUUAUGAGUCUCGCACCGCAGCUCGCUUUGACUAGCCGGAUGGUACAGCGCAGCGGCCUUGAAGGCGCGCUGCUUUUACACAACGGACACCAGAAGGCAAUGAAAUGGCGGUCACGCUCAGUCACCGUGCUCAGAAGCUCGCUGCGGUGCAAUAAAAAAAAAAAAAAAAAAGCACCUUGACUCUGAUCCUCUUUGGUCGUUUACUUAUUAAGUCAUAAAAUCCAGCAAUUCCCACCAGACCUGGCCUGCAUUAGUGCGAAGUAGGGAGGCUGUAGGGUAAUUUCAAAGGUACUACCUAGGAUUACAGCGAGAUCACAGCAAUGCAGCCAGGUUAGCGAAUGCUACUGUGCCAAUCAGCGUGCAAGGGAGAAGCGAAUUCUCUUCCUCGAGUAGCAGGAGCCAAGGUGGUUGGAGAAGAGGGUUAAGCUGGGAUUAAGUCUUGUGACUAAAGCACAGAAAAUUAAAUAUCACGUCACUUGGCACAGUCCCUUCCCCCCGGUUACUACAAUCCGCCUUCGCUGGUACUACCCUUUAAGGGUAACGGGGUCUUGCUGCCCGUUGAAGCACGCGGACAGAUCCUACGGUUACCGGGAUUUCGGAGCCGGGGCCAGUCCCGCUCCUCGCCAGAGGCGUCCAGACUGGUUCAACAGCCAGAGACACGAGGCACAAAACCGACAUUUUAAUUUUUUAAUUUAUUUUUUUGUUUUUUUCGUUUGUCUUGUUCUCGAGAUGGCUACAACACCAGACGGAACAGCAUGCGCUCAAUUCUAACGCCUGCACAGGGUCUCAGGUCUUGUCAAUGUAAGAUUCCCCAGGGAGUCGUUUCCAAAUCUGUUGAGUAAAAUAGUCAGCCCCGUCACUGCGACCUCGAGAGCCCUUCUCCUCUCUCCCCCUCACAGUAAAAAACCCAAAGAAAACCAAAUU